UCCCUCCUUCCCCCCCCCCCCGGGCCAAGAUGUCCUCUAUCCUGCCCUUCACGCCCCCCAUCGUGAAGAGGCUCCUGGGCUGGAAGAAGGGCGAGCAGAAUGGUCAGGAGGAGAAGUGGUGCGAGAAGGCCGUCAAGAGCCUGGUCAAGAAGCUCAAGAAGAGCGGGCAGCUGGACGAGCUGGAGAAGGCCAUCAGCACCCAGAGCGGGGCCACCAAGUGCAUCACCAUCCCCAGGUCGCUGGACGGCCGGCUGCAGGUCUCGCACCGGAAGGGCCUCCCGCACGUCAUCUACUGCCGGCUCUGGCGCUGGCCGGACCUCCACAGCCACCACGAGCUGCGAGCCAUGGAGAUGUGCGAGUACGCCUUCAACAUGAAGAAGGACGAAGUCUGUGUGAAUCCGUAUCACUACCAAAGAGUGGAGACGCCAGUGUUGCCUCCGGUCCUGGUGCCGCGGCACACGGAGAUCCCGGCCGAGUUCCCGCCGCUCGACGACUACAGCCACUCCAUUCCGGAGAACACUAACUUCCCAGCUGGCAUCGAACCCCAGAGCAACUACAUCCCAGAGACUCCUCCGCCAGGCUACUUGAGCGAGGAUGGGGAGAGCAGCGAGCACCAGAUGAACCACAGCAUGGAUGCAGGUUCUCCGAAUCUGUCUCCAAAUCCGAUGUCUCCGGCGCACAAUAAUUUGGAUCUUCAGCCGGUCACGUACUGCGAGCCCGCCUUCUGGUGCUCCAUCUCGUACUACGAGCUCAACCAGAGAGUUGGGGAGACCUUCCACGCGUCCCAGCCUUCGAUGACCGUGGACGGCUUCACCGACCCGUCCAACUCGGAGCGCUUCUGCUUGGGCCUGCUCUCCAACGUCAACCGCAACGCCGCCGUGGAGCUCACCCGCCGGCACAUCGGCCGGGGCGUGAGGCUCUACUACAUCGGCGGAGAGGUCUUUGCCGAGUGCCUGAGUGACAGCGCCAUCUUCGUCCAGUCCCCCAACUGCAACCAGCGCUACGGGUGGCACCCGGCCACCGUCUGCAAGAUCCCGCCAGGAUGCAACCUGAAGAUCUUCAACAACCAGGAGUUUGCUGCUCUCUUGGCCCAGUCCGUGAACCAGGGCUUCGAGGCCGUCUACCAGCUGACGCGCAUGUGCACCAUCCGGAUGAGCUUCGUCAAGGGCUGGGGCGCCGAAUACAGGCGGCAGACGGUCACGAGCACCCCGUGCUGGAUCGAGCUCCACCUGAACGGGCCGCUGCAGUGGCUGGACAAGGUCCUCACGCAGAUGGGCUCCCCCAGCAUCCGCUGCUCCAGCGUCUCUUAGGCACGGAGGCCAAGACUCGGACAUCUCUGGCUUGGAACAAACAACAUCCGUCCCUUUCCUGAGAUCGUUUCCCCCCCACUCGUCUGUCUGAAUAACUGGUGACCGUGAAAAAGAGAAUGUUUGGGUUGCGGCCCUGCGUGGCGACUGCGCGUUUCUUUCAGUCGGACAUGAACCCAGUCGGAGGCAUCCGGCAUGAGGUCCAGGCACUUCACCAAACUCUGGAUGCGUUGGAGGAGAGGCUUUGGGUUUUGUCGCUGCACCGUUUUUUGGGGCUCUGUUGCGAGACUGUGUUUAGGGUCUUCUCCACUUGACCCCUUGGAUGGAGGACAUCCUCCUGGAACUGCUUGGCAGGAAGGAUCCGUCACCGCUUGUCAACAUUCCCAUCAUGAGCAUUGACCGCCUGCACUUUUUCUGGGACCGUCCCUGCUAGACCUUGGGCAGGGAAGCUCUUGGGAUUAAAACCCGACUGGAAGAGAUCCAGUCGGACAAAGCUUUGAGUUAAGUUGUCAUGGCAGUGGCUUCAGUGUGGCACCUCAUGCCCACAUCGGGGCAUUUUUUUUCAUCUGGAAAUGGUUCGGGUGUCAGAGUAUUUUGCAGUAGUUGGAUGGAAUCAGUGGAACGCAGAACGACAGGCAAGACACACAUUUCAUUCAAACACUACCAAUACACAAAUCCCACAUUAACAUCAGGAAAGGAAGACCUUGUUGCUUCCUCCAGAGGCCUUGGUGGCCUUUCCUGGCCCUUGUGGUCCUCCUUGCAUGGCUCUCAUCCACUCCUGGAUCAUCUGCCUCACAUGCCAAGAUGGCCUUGGAGGGCCCAGGUUUCGUUCUGAGACCACGUUCCACAAAGAGAGGAGCCAAGCACUCCUGUUGCCGUGGUUGUCUUGCCUGAGUCCGGAAAGGAGAGCGUCCGGCCGGGGUUUGGGGGUCUGGAGGCGGCUCCAGUCUCCUGUUUCUUCAGUUUUCAAGAGCACAGACUCCUCCGUCCCGCCCUGCCCUUCGUCUUUUUCCGCUAUUUCGGUUCAACCAGUCUGUUUGGCAGGACACCUGGGAGUGUCGCUGGCUCUUUACGUCCAGACUUUAAAAAUAUUUUGAAGUCCUAAAAGGCUUCGUGCCGAAGAUGGUUUCAAGGAGAAAACCACUUGGGACACCUUGUGGCCGCUGCAAGAGGACUCCGGGGACGGCCAAAAAUUCAGCCACAGAACGUAAGGCUACAUCUUCGACCCUCUUAUAUUUGCUACUAGGAGUAAUGGGUGGGGGUGGAUUCCAAACAUUCAUUUUAAAAGUGCUUUUCAAAAAGCUGAACCUAUUUUGGACCGCAUAGAGUUCCUUUACAUUUCAGGUCCACAGCUCCACCAACUUCGAAACUACCAGCUGCCAAAAUAGUUAAAAUUGGGAUCAUAUGGAUGAAUGCUCAAAGGGAUGUCUCUAUAGACACUGAGAAAAAUAAAAAGGUCCCCACGCUCUCGUCUGAAUUGCUAAAGAACCAUCACCUCUGUGGGAUGGAAACUCCCAUGGACAUCAACGAGUUUGCUCGGGUGGCCAUUUGCUUUUUACAAGCCUUGGGAAAUUAUACAGGUGCGUUUGUAGAGAAAGGUUUUUUUCCCCCUCAGAUAAAUAUUUUUGCUCAUUCAAGGAGGAGGAGAUUAUUUUUCUCUUUUUUUCAAGGGGUUGUGCCAAGAACACUCUGUCCUUUGCGUUUCCAUUUGAGUCUGUGACAAAAUAGUUUGGCUUGAUGUUUAGAAUCAAAUCACAUGCCCCUCUCACAACGGUUUAGGAACUACAACUCCCAGCAUGCCUACCAGAGCUGCUGGGAGUUGCAGUUCACCAUCAUCUUAGGACUCUCACAAUUCCCACAUCUUUCCUACUGGAUAAUUCGGGAUGAGCCGUUUAUUUCAUAAUGGAAAUGCAACUUCUGAAUGAAGGAAUUCCAUUUCUUGGCCUUCUCUUUACCCGACACGACAGGGCCAUGAAACGUUGUGGGCCUUUCCGAUCAAUGAAACUAUGUCACUUAUAUGGUUGUAUUUGGUAGCCACAACUAGGCAUAACCGGGCAGGGUGAUCCUCAUUGAUAUGUAUGUAUUAUGUCUUAAGUGUCCUAUUUGUUGCCAGUAGGAUGGAUUACAUAGACUCCUCUUUAUCUGCAGAAAAUCAGCCAGAAAGAAACAUCGUUUUGAAAAACCUAAACAAGAAGGUUUCUGUUCACUGCGCAUAAGCCAUAGGUCUGCAUUGACCGUAUUCCAAGUUAGAUGCAACCAGCCUUCGUGUGCUGUUGACCUUCGUCAAGUUUUGUUCUAAGUCUUCUUACGCACUUUUGGCCAAUAUCUAUAACGGCUGCAUUCUGUUCAAGCAAGUCCAUACAUGUGGUGCCAUGAUACGGAAUUGUUCGUUAUGUAUUUACGUGGGUGGCUAUGCAGUGUGAGCUAAUGUGGGUCAAUACGCAACAUCGCAAUUCUGUAACAAGGAAGUGGUUUGGCCGGCUCCUUCCUCUAAAUCAGGGCUUCUUACUCUUUAAGGCUCAAGAAACUUUUACACGACCUCCGGCGUAUAGGCACAUAUAACAAAGAUAAAAAUCCCGAACGUUUACUGAUAAUCAGCAUUUGCAAGGCUUGCUAAAUAGGAAGCAAGGAGGCGAGGAGGAAUAUUUCUUUUUGAUGCUUAUGGAAGGCUUGCGAAACAGGCUGCUUUUCCUUUUUAUGGAGCCCAGCUGAAGCCUCUUUCGCAGAGGCAAGGAGGAGCAUUAUAUAGGUUUAUAAAAUAGAUGUAAAAACCAGACAUGGAGUGAAGAUAAAUCAGCAUCUUCAAGGCUUGCCUAACAGGCCGAUUUCCCUUUCUUAAAAGUACAGCCAAAGCCUCUUCAGCACAACAGAUUCAAGCAAAUGCCCAAAACAGUCAGGAGGCAACGUUUGGAAGCCUUUGACUGUUGUAAUUUUUUCGGGAGCGAAGGGGACCCACAGUUUAAGAAGCAGUGCUCUGAAGUAUAGCCUAAAGCAUCCGAUACUUGUUGUUUAGCAAAUCUUUCCAGACACAGAAAAAACAUGACUUAAGUGCCCUUAAGACAUUCCUCUUGGCUACACCUAUACGUUGUGCCUUGCCUGAGAGCAGAGGGAAGAUGCACAAAGAGCGGGCCACUUUUAAAGGUUGAAAAGCAUCAUCGUCCACAAGAGAUCGUUGGAUCAAAUAAAUACAAGGCCUGCCUUGUUUAGUGCUGCCCACACCAUAAUCUCAAGGCACUGCCCUGACUUUUCCCCUCUUUGCCGAACCUGCUCUUUUUGUUUGUAUCAAUGCAAAUGCACGGUUAUUUCCUCUAAUAGAAAUGAAUACUUUGCAGGCUGUUUGUGGCCCCAGGUUUUGUUUGUUCCUAAAGAGUUGAGUCUCCCUUCUGUAAAAACACCGCUCUUGCCUUGCGGGACUGGCACAAGCGCUUGAGCCUUGCUGGUUGGCGGUCUGGCCGCUUUCAUGUGUCACGUUCUAACUCUUAAAACGAGAAGCAUUUGAGCAAGCAACAUGGAAUCAAGUAGGUGUCCUUUCCACUUCGAGUAUGUUCUUGGAAUGAGCCACUGGCUCAUGGGAAACGCUGCCCGAUACUACGUUCAUGUGUGACGUGGCCCAUUCUGUCUGCGAGACAACAAACAACGCAGCUUUCAAACUUGUACAGAACUUUUCUUAUGUAGCACCAAUGGGAUUGUAUGCGUUGUCUGUCCUGGAAUCUCCUUUUAGCUGGGCCACCGGACUCUCGAGGCACACGUGCCUCCUCUUAUACGGCUGCUGGCGGACGUACCCGGGUGGCCUUGACCAACCACGUCUCUCUCUCUUAAAUGUGGCCGGUGGCAAAACUUAAUCUAUGUGUUGUUUUCGUUAACAUAUUGAAGAAAGUUGCAGAAUGCAUAAUCUUUGCUAUUAUUGUUAUUUUUAAUACUACUACUACUACUAUUAUUAUUUGCAGAGUUUAAAACCUGUGCUUUUGAGCUUAAUCGGUAGCAAUAACUUGCAAAAGGAAUGGGAAAAACCUGUUGAGGCCAGUAAGAGACUCAAAUGGGGCAGCAGUGAGAAGGUGGAAACGUGGCCUGGUCGAAACUCUUUAUAAAUGCAGUUCGUUUCAUAAAGAUCAAGUAGACAGAACAUAUUGUAAAGAACAAAAAUAACUUUCUGGCCUUGCGUCGCACAUUUUGGUGCAAAUAUUAAGACACAAAAAGGGUUCAAUUCAGCAAGUAUUGCAGAAUGUCAUGCCACAGUCCACUUCAAAAAGGGUCAUGACAUGCAGCUGUUAAUAAAAUGCUGUAGUAUGUUAAAAACCACGUUAAAUUCAUGAAAUAUAUAGUGGUUUAUUUGGAUGACUUUAAAGUGAUUUCACUCUCUCUCAGGAGAGGUUGGGUUGGCAAGGAGGAAGGACGUGAAUGGCUCAACUCAAAGAGAUUUUCCACUACACCCAACUACAGCAGAGUCUCACUUAUCCAACGUAAACGGGCCGGCGGAACGUUGGAUAAGCGAAUAUGUUGGAUAAUAAGGAGAGAUUAAGGAAAAGCCUAUUAAACAUCAAAUUAAGUUAUGACUUUACUAAUUAAGCACCAAAACAUCAUGUUACACAACAAAUUUUACAGAAAAAGUAGUUCAAUACGCAGUAAUGUUAUGUUGUAAUUACUGUAUUUACGAAUUUAGCACCAAAAUAUCAUGAUGUAUUGAAAACAUUGACUACAAAAAUGCGUUGGAUAAUCCAGAACUUUGGAUAAGCGAGUGUUGGAUAAGUGAGACUCUACUGUAUUGUAAAGAACAAAAAUAACUUUCUGGCCUUGUGUCGCACAUUUUAGUGCAAAUUAUUAAGACACAAAUAGGGUUCAACUCGGCAAGUAUUGCAGAAUGUCAUGCCACAGUCCAUUGCAAAAAGGAUCGUGACAUGCAGCUGUUAAUAUAAUGCUGUAGUAUGUUAAAAACCAUGUUAAAUUCAUAAAAUAUAUAGUGGUUUAUUUGGAUGACUUUAAAGUGAUUUCACUCUCUCUCAGGAGAGGUUGGGUUGGCAAGGAGGAAGGACAUGAAUGGCUCAACUCAAAGAGAUUUUCCACUACAUCCAACUACUAAGAUUAUUUCUAAGGCAGAGAGAAAUGAAGUAGCCCCGUUUAUAUUACAUCUGCAUAGGUGAAACAAGGUCUUUCAUUUUUAAGAGGAAAUAUUCGAGAUUUUGUCUUCAAAAGUAUGUUUUCUGUGAGAUUUGAAGAUUUCAUAUUGAAAACAUACACUACGGAUGAAGCUGGAUUUGACAGCACUGAACCACAAACCCAAGGGAGAUGCAAAGGGGACCAUUCACUUCAAUUCCUGCAAAGCCAAACAAAAAAAGGACUCCAUGCCGAUAUCAGUGCUAAAAAUUCGGACAGUGUUAGUUAGAGACUUGAUUUCAGUUUCAGUUUUCCCAUACAGCUUCAAGUCAUCCAUGUACAUCAGAUGUCCUUUUGGGCAGAUUGUGCAUCCUGUCCCUGCAAUAUUGGAGCUUCAAUGGUUCCCAUCACAUUUGCUGUUGGUGCUGCUGUGAAGCAUUUCUUAUUUCAGAGGUUUGAGCAGAGACCCUUGAAAGAGAUUCUGAAAAGCUGGGUUGCAGUCGUAGUCUCUGCCUUCUCUUACGAUGGCCUUCCAAGUCCAUUUCUCUGCAAUCAGUCAUUCAUUUCAUGCAGCGUUCAAGGCUGUCCUAUGUUGUUCUUAGGUUAAUAUUUGGGCUCAUGGAUUUCUGGAUUUUCUCUCUCUCUUUCUCCACCAUAUUUGUUUCCUUCUUUUAUACCUGAGAUUUGUGCAUUAAUGAACCUUUGCUUGUCCUCUGUGGGUCUUUGGCCCUGCUAAGCUUGUUUUUAUUAAAAGCCUAUAUCAUCCA